AUGUAAGCGGUGUGAGGCCUGUGUGAGACCAGAGUGUGGGGACUGUAACUUCUGCAGAGACAUGAAGAAGUUUGGAGGACCAGGCAAACUGAAGCAGACCUGUGUGCUGCGACAGUGUCUCUCUCCGGGCCUUCCYCUGUCUGCUGUCUGUGAGAUCUGCAAAGAACCCAAUCAGGAGGAGAGUGGAGACCUGUCCCUCACACUGAUGGAGUGUUCCAACUGUGCACAGAUCGCCCAUCCUGCCUGCCUCACGGUUCAAAGUGAAGGAGUGGUGAAUAAAGACCUGCCCAGCUGUUGGGAGUGUCCCAGUUGUGUCCAGGGGAUCACUGAUCGAGAGUCUAAAGGUGAAGGAAGUGAUAGUCUUCCACUGAAGAGGAAAUCUUCCUCCCUGCUGGACGCUCGCAUAGCUAAGAUUUAUCGGCGACACCUACACAGCCAUGACGGGGACGACUCGGCCAGUGAUGAUGAUGGAUCUCAAAGAAGAAAGAUGGUUCUCUCUGCUCGAGGAGGGGGCCACAGGAGGGCGUUCGGUGCCAACAGGAGGGGCUUGUUGCGAGGAGGCCUGUCCCACAGAGGAAACAGGGCGGGGCUUGGGACUCAUGGCUCCGCCUCCCUCCACAGAACAAGAAGAGGGAUGGGUAUGAGGGAGGUGGGUCGGAGAGGACGAGGCGUCAGGCUCCGCGGAGGAUCCAGGAUGCACCGAAGAGGAGACGAGUCGGACGAAUCGGACGAUGAUGACGAUGAUGAAGAYGACGACGAUGAAGAUGACGAAGACGAAGAUGACGAUGAGGAGGAGGGUGACAGUGAAGGAGACAAAGAACGGCUGCAUCGCCGGCACUGGAGACGCAGGACGGGCUACAAUGAAGACGACAGUGAUGGGCAGGAGUAUGAACCUGACGAAGAGGAGAUGGACACAGUAGAUGAUGAAGACAUGAGAAGAGAGGAUGAGGAUGAGGAAGGACAGUGGGAUUCAGAUCCAGAACCUCCUGUCCUCCUGGUGUCUGAUCUGAAUGAUGACCUGCUGAGUGGCUCCUACCUGACUGUCACCCUGCAGCACCCCCAGCAUGCAAAGACCCAGUCCGGUUCAAUAGUUCCUAAGCUAGAAGCCACGGGCCCAUGGACAGCUGCAGGGGGUCAGCAGGGCUUCAUCCAGAGAAAAGCUGCUCAUUCUAAACUGUCCAGAAACACAUCUGACUAUCUGACGCCAAGAGGUCCUGGCAGGCCGCGGGUUCGAGGAAGCCAAGCUGAUAGAAGCAACAGAAAUCAGUCGGGGUCUUCAGAGGAAGAUGAGGCUGUUUCUCCCUCUGCAGCCUCCACCCUGAUCCCCUCUCUGCUGUCUCUGCCCUCCUUCAAAGAUGUGGGCAGUGAGAGGGGCGGGGACAAGGAGCUGUGGGUGUCUGUGUUCAGAUACCUGAACCAAGCUGACCUCCUGGUCUGCAUGACUGUGUGUAAGGCCUGGUACAAGUGGAGUUGUGACAAACGUCUGUGGAGUCAGAUCGAUGUCAGCAGGCGCAGCCCACUCACUAACCAGGCCCUGGCAGGCAUCGUCAAACGUCAACCCACCUCUCUGGACCUGUCCUGGACCCCGCUGGCCAGAAGACAGCUCAACUGUCUGCUUACCAGACUCCCAG